AGAGGUUCUCAUAACCUGCUCUUCCACCAUGUUCUCCGACUCAUCUCCGUCAAUGGAUCCGACAUCACCCGAAUCCGAAACCCGACCCGAAUCCAACCCCUCCCCCGCCGCAACCAAUCCCGCCACCGUACAACCAAUCGAACCGACGACAGCAUUCGAAUCAACCCCACCGUCACCAGCCGUCGCCGAUCCACCACGAUCCGAUUCCCUCGACGAGCUAACACACGACCUCGCCUCCCUCCACGAUCUCUCUACCCGGGGGCAAUGGGAAGCGAUCCUCGACAAAAUCUCCCAAACCAGAGCCCUCUUCCUCCUCACCAAGCCCCACGAGCACCUCACCUACCUAACCUACCAAGUCAUCGCCCUCACCAAGCUCCGCCGCUCCGACGAAGCCUCCCGCGAGCUCGACUCCCUCCACAACGACUUCGACGGGGAUCUCUACAGGUACGAGUCUUUCCCCGAGAUCUACCCGGGUCGGAAGGGAUCCAUGGUGCCUUUCUCGCUCCGGUGGAUGCACGCCCUGGUUCCGACGAAGAUCGGGAAUCGCCAGGAAGGGUUGGAUCGGUUGUACACUUUGCUCGGCUUCGUAAGAGAGAGGGUUAGAGAGAAAGAGGCGAAUGAGGUGUGGAAGAAAAGAGAGAUCUUUGUGAUGAGUUGUUUGUUAGGGUUUCACUUAGGUCACAAGGAGUUUGGUGUUUCCUUGGAGUUGAUUAAAGAGUUGAUAAAGCGUGAUCCUUUGGAUCCUGUUUUGGUUUCCAAGCUAGGCUCUGUUCAGAUGCAGUUCGGUGAUAUACAAGGAGCUAAAGCCACGUUUGCUCGCGUCGAGAAGAUGAAUAGUAAUAGUUUGGUGAGUGAGACUCAGUUCAAGAAUCUUGUAGGGAGGAACAGGGCUUUGGUUUAUGUGGUGGAGAAGGACUACGUCUCUGCUGUGAGAGAGUAUGAAGAGUGUAUCGAGAGAGAUGGCUCGGAUGUUGUCGCGGUUAAUAACAAGGCGCUUUGUUUGAUGUACUCGAGGGAUUUGUCUGAUGCGAUUAAGGUGUUGGAGAGUGCGUUGGAGAGAGUGCCGACCGCGGCUUUGAACGAGAGCUUGGUUGGGAACUUGUGUAGUAUGUAUGAGUUGGCUUAUGUUAACCAUGCUGAUGUUAAGCGGACGUUGAAUAAUUGGAUCGCUCGUGUUGCUCCUGAUGACUUUGAUUCUUCUUGUACCAGAGUUUGAGAAUUGCAGGUACUCAGCUAAGCAAACGUAAUUAGCCAAAGACCGAAGAAAAGAACCAAGGGAUCUUGAUCUUGCUGGGUUUGGCCUCCAGCUCAAGUCUCUGUUGAUAGGAGAGUAUUGGCUGCAUAUGUUUUGUACGUUCUGUGUUGUGUGAGUUAGGAAAUGGUUGUUGCCCCCAAACACUUGGUACCUUUCUUACAUUCUUUGCCAUAUACAUCUUCCUAUAAAGAUUUUUGCUACACUUGCCGUUAAAUACUAAUAAGAGAGUUUGUUGAUUCA